AUGUCUUCGCUAAGCCUUCCAACGGAGCUUACUCCAAAGCAUCUGCUUUACAUCUUGGGCGCCGUUUUCUUGUACUGGGUACUUCCCCUACUUUAUGGCCUCUUGUUCUCUCCCCUUAGGAAAGUGCCUGGCCCAUUCUUGGCCCGGGUAACUCGUCUCUGGGAGUUUCAUUCCCUCUGGAAAGGUCAUUCAAACCUAGACUUCAUCAGCCUGCAUGAGAAAUACGGCCCGGUCGUUCGAGUCGCGCCAAACCGCUACAGUUUCAGUCGGCCAGAGGAUGUCAAAACUAUCUACGCGCUAGGCGGCAAAUUCUUCAAGAGUGACUUCUACUCACCUAUGCUUACCGGAGAUCCCUUAGUCGACAAUGUCUUUCCAACAAUUGAUGAUAAAGAACACAGGGACAGAAGACGCAAGAUAUCGUCUCUAUAUACUAUGUCGGCCAUGGUUACAUACGAAGAGGCUGUUGACGCAAUGACAACUGUGCUGACCAAGAAGCUACGUCAAUUUGCCAAUGAGGGCCGCCAACUUCAUCUUCCCCAUUUUAUGCAGUCAUACGCUUUCGAUGUUAUCGGCCAGAUCACAUUCAAUCAGAACUUCGGCAUGAUGGAAAGCGAAUGCGAUCGGACAGGAAUUACCAAAGGCGUCCGCCGAACGCUCGACUACCUUUCUCACAUUGGACUUUUGCCCGAGUUGCACCCCUGGAUUACCUUGCUUCGCAAGGCCAUGGGUCAAAGUGGAAAGGCCCGAGCACUUGCAGUCCAUACCUUUAGUCAGAUUGACAGGCUCCGCGAAGAAAACGUCAAACCUGCGGAGAACACCGAGUACACAACUUUCCUCCAAAAGCUGCUCGACAUGCAGAAAUCCAAGAAGGUGACCAUGGUCAACAUUCAAGAUGCUACUGGUAGCAACCUUGGAGCAGGAUCCGACACCACCGCAAUUACGCUUAGCUCUUCCCUGUACUACCUCUACAAACAUCCAGAGAAACUCGCGAAGCUUCGCCAUGAGCUUGACACGAUGACUGCUGAGGGUCGAAUCUCAGAUCCAAUUACUUUUCAGGAAGCUCAAAACAUGCCAUAUCUCCAGGCCGUUAUUAAAGAGGGCUUCCGCAUGCAUCCCGCCGUAGGAACAAUCUUACCAAGAGUGGUCCCUAAAGGAGGGGCGAAGCUCGCAGGGAUUAAUUUUCCAGAGGGGACCCAUGUCGGGGCAAACUCCUGGGUGCUCCACUAUGACAAAGAUGGCUUCGGUCCAGACCCGGAAGUCUACCGACCAGAGCGCUGGCUACGGUCUGAGGUUGACGGAGAAGCUCAGAAUGGCAUGAUGUUUACGUUUGGAGGGGGCUCUCGAGCUUGCAUCGGCAAGAACAUUGGCCUCCUCGAAGUAAACAAAGUCCUUCCCCAGUUUGUCCGCCAGUUCAAUCUGGUUUUGGAUGAUAAAGCAACGAUGGAAACCUAUUGCUCAUGGUUUGUGUACCCGACAUUUCAUGUUCGGAUCAAAUGGCGAGAGGAGGUAGAAUAA